AUGGAUCCGAUAAAUCUCGCGGCGAUUGUGAAGCCCGAUUUAAUGCUCUUAGCGGAAGAGCUGGGUGUUAAAGUGGUCAAGGCCAUGAGAAAGCCCGAGAUCAUUAAGGCCAUUGAAGAUUGUGGCGAGGGCCGCGACGAAAUUUCCGAGUGUUGGAGCGAGGUGCAGAAGAGACGAAGGGAAGCGGAACUUCACGCGGCUCAAGAAGGGCUUCGCGUUGCUCGAGAAAAACUUGAGCUAGAAAUGCGUCAACGUAACUUUGACGCUGGUGAGGCCGUUGUGGUGGAUAACAGCUCGAAAAAGUUUGACAUGCGAGCCCUUUUGCAACCUUUUCGCGUCGGCGGAGACAUGGGUCUCUAUUUAGUAAAUUUCGAACGGGUUUGCGCUAAGAUGGGUCUUGUAGAGUCGAGCUGGCCUCAAAGGCUCUUGAGUUUACUGCCAGCGGAGGUGGCCGACGUUUUGGCCCGACUAGAUCCUACAGCAGCCGAUGACUACGCGUCCGUAAAGUCAUGCCUGCUGAGGAAGUUCAGGUUGUCGCCUGAAGCUUUUCGACAGAAAUUUCGAGAGACAAGGAAAGGACCGGACGAAAGUUACGCGGAGUUCGCUUAUAAGCUUAAAGGCUUUCUGGAAAGUUGGCUCCGUGGUGUCAACUCUUACGAGGAUCGUGAAAAGGUGCUGGAGCAGAUAGCACUAGAGCAGUUUCUCUCCUGUAUUCCGACAGGUCUAAAGGAGUGGAUUCAGGAUAGACCGGAAGUAGAAACGUUGCAAAAAGCUGCAGAUUACGCGGAUGAGUACUGCUCUAGGCACGGGAAGAAAGUUGUUGAAGAAAACCGUAGCUCAAACCGUUUCUACGAACGAUGCGGACCUCGCACGUUCGUGAAGAAAGGCGCCGAAAAGUGCAAAGAGAGUGAAGUACCGACAAAGGGAGUGUCUGAUUCAGACGAAAAGAAACGUAAAAUGAAGGCGUUCGAGGAGCGUAAACCAAUAGUGUGCUACAGGUGUAAACAGCCUGGUCAUGUCGCUUCUGGUUGCCGCGUCCCUAAAGUUGCUCCCGUUAAAUUGUGUCUGGGAGAAGCGGAGGACCUACUCAGGCCGUAUCUGUAUGACGUGAAAGUAAAUGGUAAAUUCUGCAAAGGUUUACGAGAUACCGGCGCCAUGCACGUAUGA